UCGAUGUGAACGCAAGAGCAAGGAAUUCAACAGGAUGGAUUCAGUGGAGCUAUUCCUUUUUAUCCUGAUUUGGGUUUGUACAUUGUGUUUCUUCACUUGGAUCAAGUCACCUAAAGAAGCUAAACCAUCUUCAACAGACAGUAAAGAUACCGAAAGUGAUUUGCCUAAAAUGGUUCCAACAGAAGAGGAGCAGCAAAUGUUUCGAGACGACAAUAUAAAUCCUCGUGUUACAGUGCUCAUCAAUGAUACGAAACGAAUAGAAGAAGAUAUAAAGGCUCGUACAGAGGAGAAAAUACAGCUAUUUAAACGGAUUCAAGGUCAGGAAGAAAAUCUACUAAGAGCUAGAGAAAAUGAAACGAAGCUGAAAGAAAAAAUACAGGAACUGGAGAAGGAAUGUACUGAACUGAGGAAAAGUGGCAAUAAUUUUUAUGACACUCUAGCAGCAAAGGCAAACGAAUUGAGAAGAAAACGAGAGGAGUUAGAAGCUUUGCAAAAUCAAAUUGAAUGCAAGGACAAAGCUUUAAGGGAAUCCGAAGAAGAAUUAAGAUUAAAAGAAAGGGCUUUAAAGGAAUCCAAACUAGAGUUAAGUAACCUGAAAGAAGACCUGGAUGAAGAAUUAAAAGUACAAGUGCAGAGAUAUAAUAGACAGGAAGUAACCAUUCAACAGCUGAAGAAAGAAAAUUGGAGUCAGGGAGUAACCAUUGAACGGUUGAAGGAGGAGAAUUUGAGAUAUAUGGAAGGAACGGCCAAUAAACAGGACGAAUACUGUCGCUUACAUUGGUGGGAAGACUUACAUGUCUCGCUUGAAACGCCUAACGGGACGUAUAUAAGUAUCCAUCCUCCACAUAAUACUAUGUUUCCAACAAUUGUGAAUUCUCUGAAGGAGGAUAUUAAGCACCUACAGAAAAUCCCAAACUCGAGUAUUCCUUUAUUCGGUCUUAAUGUGGACGCUAUCGAUGAAUGGUACAACACCAUUGAUAUAAACCAUGAACUAUUAAGUGGGGAUUAUAGGAUGGUAGCAACUGCUCUUACCAAAGGAUCCAUGGUUUUUGAGAAUGAAUUUGCAGAUUUCAAUGAUGUGGAAUAUACUAAUCAAAACGUCAUUAUUGCAUGGGCUGCGAACGAGUAUGCAAAGCAGCAGUUUUCAUUGACAACUGUUUAAGAGCGAAAGUAAGUGGCUCAAAGAAUUUGGUAAAUAAACAAAGAUUUACACAAACUGAUUAAACGCUUGCAAUAAAAGGAAAUACAGUUUUAUUGAAAACGAAUGAGUAUUUCGAAUGAAUUAAUGAAAGUAUAUGUGUUGCCCGUAUGUAACUUGUACAUUACAGAACACCUAUGAUAUGUCAAAACAGUAACAAUAUAUAAUAAGCAUAGUAAGUGUCAAAACGAUGCAGAUUUUUUAAAAUGAUUAUAGCUGAAUAACGUAUGCUGAGGGAAUCCACCGGACUGUUUCAUGUUAGCUAGUACAGUAAUGCAUUAAUUGUGUAACAGUAUCGUAUUAACGCUUUCGAUAGUAAAUGUAUUAAACUGCAAA